UAUGCGCAUGCGCAGACGAGCCUCAGUGGCGAGCUUGCGGCGGCGGCGGCGGCCUCGCGAGCCAGAAGGAUAAUGUCUCAGGAAGGCAAUUAUGGGAGGUGGACAAUAUCCAGUAGUGACGAAAGUGAGGAUGAAAAGCCCAAAUCUGACAAGCCAUCAACAUCCUCUCUGCCCCAGGCUGGGCAGACAGCAUCGAGGGAGCCCACGUACACCUGCUCUGAGGCUCGCAAAGCUGCACACAAGAGACAGGUCUCACCUGUGAAAUUCAGCAACACAGAUUCAGAGUUAGCCCCUAAAAAGCAGAAGAGUGGUUCCCAGGAAGACUUGGGCUGGUGUCUGUCCAGCAGCGAUGAUGAACUACAACCAGAGACACAGCAGGAACUGCCUAAGGACAUCAUGGCUCAAGAGAAAAAAGAUGUCUCCUUACCCAGCAUGAGUACUGCCCAGAGAGCUGCCGAUCGGAGUCCUCCCGCCAGCCACAGGCCCCAAGGGCAAGAAGAGGAAUAUGAGACUUCGGGGGAAGGCCAGGACAUCUGGGACAUGCUGGAUAAAGGAAACCCCUUCCAGUUUUACCUCACUAGAGUCUCAGGGAUUAAGGCAAAGUACAAUUCCAAAGCCCUCCACAUCAAGGAUAUUUUAUCUCCUCUGUUUGGGACACUUGUUUCUUCAGCUCAGUUUAACUACUGCUUUGAUGUGGAUUGGCUCGUAAAGCAGUAUCCACCAGAAUUCAGAAAGAAGCCCAUCCUGCUCGUGCAUGGCGACAAGCGAGAAGCCAAAGCUCACCUACAUGCCCAGGCAAAGCCCUAUGCAAACAUUUCCCUCUGCCAGGCAAAGUUGGACAUCGCAUUUGGAACACAUCACACGAAAAUGAUGCUCUUGCUCUAUGAAGAAGGCCUCCGUGUGGUCAUACACACCUCCAACCUCAUCCGGGAAGACUGGCACCAGAAAACCCAAGGAAUAUGGUUGAGCCCCUUGUUCCCACGAAUUGACCAGGAAAACUACAAAUCUGGAGAAUCAAAAACCCACUUUAAAGCUGAUCUCAUCAGUUACUUGAUGGCAUAUAAUGCUCCUUCUCUCCAGGAGUGGAUAGAUACCAUCCAGGAACACGACCUCUCCGAAACCAAUGUUUACCUUAUUGGUUCAACACCAGGACGCUUUCAAGGAAGUCACAAAGAUAACUGGGGACAUUUUAGGCUAAGAAAGCUUUUGAAGGAGCAGGCUUCAUCUGUGCCUAAAGCCGAGUGCUGGCCUGUAGUGGGUCAGUUUUCAAGCAUUGGCUCCCUGGGGCCCGAUGAUUCUAAGUGGUUGUGCACUGAGUUCAAAGAAAGCUUGCUGGGGGAGGAUGGCAGGACUCCAGGAAAGAGCGCUGCCCCCCUUCAUCUGAUCUAUCCUUCUGUGGAAAAUGUGCGCACCAGCUUAGAAGGAUAUCCUGCCGGGGGCUCUCUUCCCUAUGGCAUCCAGACAGCUGAAAAGCAGAACUGGCUCCAUUCCUACUUUCACAAGUGGUCAGCAGAGACAUCUGGCCGCAGCAACGCCAUGCCACAUAUUAAGACGUACAUGAGGCCCUCGCCAGACUUCAGUAAACUUGCUUGGUUCCUUGUCACAAGUGCAAAUCUGUCCAAGGCUGCCUGGGGAGCAUUGGAGAAGAACGGCACCCAGCUGAUGGUCCGCUCCUACGAGCUCGGGGUCCUGUUCCUCCCUUCGGCAUUUGGCCUGGACAGCUUCAAAGUGAAGCAAAAGUUCUUCUCUGGCAGCCAUGAGCCAACAGCCUCCUUUCCUGUGCCUUAUGACCUGCCCCCAGAGCUCUACGGGAGUAAAGAUCGGCCGUGGAUUUGGAACAUUCCUUAUGUCAAAGCACCAGAUACCCAUGGGAACAUGUGGGUGCCCUCCUGAGACAAAGUACUGUGAACUUCGAGUGUAAAACAUUGAAUCUUCUUGUUGGUGCUAGAUGUUCACAGCCCUUAAAGUCUUCUUUGCACUGGUACAAAGCUCUUUGCAAAGGUCCCUCUCAGUUAUAUAUCUGAUGUCAGUGUCAACAUUCUCACCAAAAAAGUCUUAUUUUCUUAAUUCACUUAUAUGUUCUUGAAAGCAAACUAUUAAACU